GGUGCAAUGCGGGGCCUAGCGCUGGCUAUUUUGCACGUUACGCACGCCGACGACGCUGCAUUAAUUAUUCAACAGCGUUACUGAACUCCCGUCAACUCGAAAAUUGCAUACAAGAGCUGUGCUCUCUCAACACUCAAGACUGCAACACAGCUGUGCUCUCUACCGCGGCGUGCGACCAGCUCACGAUGAUGCUCGCCCGCGGCGCAAGAGCGCUCAGCAGAAGCACAAAGAGCGGCGCAGUCAGAGCGCUCAGCACAAAGACAAAGCAACGCCUCGCCUUCGUCGCCCUCGGCAGCAACGUCGGCAACCGACAACAACAACUGUGCGCGGCGUGGCGGCGCGUACAAGAGACGCUCGGGAGAGUCGUCGCGACGAGCCCGCUCUACGAAACGGCGGCCGCUUAUGUGGAGGACCAGCCGUCCUUCCUGAACGCCGUCGUCGCGGUGGAAACGACGCUGCCUCCGUUGCAAGCGCUCGCGAAGCUCAAGGCGGCGGAGCGCGAUUUAGGACGCCAGGUGCGCUAUCGGAACGGCCCGCGGGAGGUCGACCUGGACCUGCUUUAUCUGGGAGACGAACGUGUAGAAGCAGAUGCAUUGACGCUGCCGCACCCGCGCAUUCACGAGAGGGACUUUGUCUUGCGGCCGCUGCGGGCGUGUCGAGCCCAGAUUGCUGCGGGAGAGUUUGGUAUGGUCGAUGCCGCACUCAGACGAAGGUUUGGUGAAGACUAUUUGGGUAACGACGUCGACGGCGAGGAGCGACGCGUGUGGUCGUCGCUGGGCGCUAUGGUAGAGACGGGCAACAAGACGGGUGUCAUGGGCGUCCUGAACUGCACUCCGGAUUCGUUUAGUGAUGGUGGUGUGAAUGCUGACGUCGAUGCGGCUCUCAGAAGUGCCGAGGCCAUGGUGACGCAUGGUGUCGAUUACCUGGACGUGGGCGGCGAGUCGACGCGGCCCGGUUCGAGUCCACCGUCCUUAAAUGAGGAACUGGACCGCGUCCUGCCGCUCGUGGAGCGCCUCUCCACUACGUUCGAUGUGCCUAUUUCUGUCGACACCCGUCGAUCAGAAGUCGCGUUGGCUGCUAGGGAUGCGGGAGCCGCAUGUACGAAUGAUGUAAGUGGAGGGGCCUACGACGCGGACAUGUUGCAAACGCUCGCGGACGAUGAGCAGCAAAGAGGUGUGGUACUGAUGCACAUGCGCGGCGAGCCGGGCACGAUGAAUAGUUUAGCGUCGUACGAGGACGUCGUGGCCGAGGUUUCUGUUGAACUGCAAGAGCGUGUUAAUGCGGCAUUUGCAGCAGGCAUUGCGCCGUGGCGCGUCGUCGUCGACCCCGGGAUCGGCUUCGCGAAAAAUACGGAACACAACGUGGCUCUGUUGAGGGAUUUGGCUCAAUUCAAGCGAAACUUGGGCGGUCUCCCUCUACUGAUUGGAGCAUCUAGGAAACGGUUCCUCGGCGACCUCACGGGCGAGGCCGACGCUUCAAAAAGGGACGCGGCGACGGCCGGCGCCUGCGUCGCCUGCGUCCCGCACGCCGACGUCGUCCGCGUCCACGACGUCCGCACGGCCGUCCAGGCUCUGAAAGUUGCGGACGCUAUCCUUAGGUAA